AUGAGUGGCUUCCAAGGACCACAAUAUUGGUCCCAGACACAAUAUACACACCCUGUUCCACCACAUAAAAGGGUCCAAAGAGGAAGGCCAAAGAAAAAUAGAAGGAGAUCUGUAGAUGAGGACAAUGUCACAGGACAUAAGCUAAAGAGGAAAUUGGCUGAGUUUACAUGUGGAAGGUGUGGCCAAACCAAUCAUAACAUUAGAAGCUGUAAAAAUAUUGGAGUUCCUGUUAGGCCAAAGAAAUAUGUUGCACCAUCAACUUCAAAUGAGGAUGACCACCUAUUAUCUCAAGAUGAACAAGCUUUGAAUGAGGCUGAAGAAGCUGCUGCUCAUGUUCAACAAGAUCCGGUGGAGAUUAAUUUAUCUCAGCCUCAUUUGUCACAAGAUAGUGACAUGGAGGUCCCUGCAACUAUUGUUCCACCAAUAGCAAGGAAUAAGCUAGCCAUAACAAGAGCCAAACAAAGGAAGGUUGCUGAUAAAGAUGAUGCAGAAAACUGAAGAAGCAUUUUUUGUUGCAUUUUGAAGGUUGCUGAAGGUUGCUGAAGACCCAUUUUUUGUUGCGCAUUUUGAAGGUUGCUGAGUUUGAAGGUUGCUGAUGAAGAAAACUGAAGAAGCAUUUUUUGUUGCAUUUUGAUAUUAGGAUGUGUAGUUGUAUAUUUUGAAAGCUUCACUGGCAUGUGAAAUGAUGUAAACAUUAUGGCCUACUGAACAAUUGCUUCUAACUACCAUGCUUUGGGAUGUCAAAUAUUAUGUGAA